AUGAAGUUCCUCACCCUGGUCGCCCUCGCCACCGGCGUUGCUGCCAGCGUCGUCCGCCGCGACGUGUCCGUCAUCACCGGCGUGCUUGGCCAGGUCGGCACCGACCUCGACGGCCUCAACACGGCCGCCAAGGGCUUCAGCGGCGACCCGUCCGCGCUCCUCGACGCCUCCAACAAGGCCAUCCAGGACCUCAAGGACGGCGACGCCAAGGUGCAGGCCGUCGCGCCGCUCAGCCUCACCGACGCGCUCGCCCUGACCGGGCCCUCCAAGGACCUGCAGACCAAGGGCGACGCGCUCCUGGCCACCAUGAAGGACAAGAAGGCCGCCCUCGCCGCCGCCGGCCUCUGCGACGUCACCCGCCUGCAGGUCACCGACCUCCAGACCGCCUCCAACGCCCUCAUCAAGACGAUCGUCUCCAAGGUGCCCGCCGCUGCCCAGUCCAUCGCCCAGAGCCUCGUCGCGCCCCUCCAGCAGGACCUUGCCGCCGCCGUCGACCUCUUCAGCGCCGCCAACUGCGUCAACACCGGCGGCGGCAGCCCGACCACCACCGGCCCGGCCUCCUCCACUCCCCCCGCCACCACCACGGCCGCGCCCACCUCCACCAAGCCGCCCGUGACCACCUCCGCUCCCACCGUCCCUACCACCACCACCAAGCCCGGCAUCCCCACCACCACCGCCCCCGGCCCCGGCAACGGCACCUGCCCGGCCGCCGAGACCGUCACCGUCACCUCCACCGACACCAAGGACUGCACUCCCACCCCCACCUGCACCAAGAGCGCCCCCGUCACCGUCACGACCACCACCAAGGCUUGCCCGACCGGCUCCAAGCUGCCGUGGUAA